GUAUUCAUCGGAACGCGAUGCGUUCGUCGUGUCUUCGACUCAUUGACAUCUCCCCCCUCGCCCUUCCUCAUCGCCUCGUCUCGUCUCGUCUCGUCUCCGCCCCCCGCCUCGCUUCCUCCCCUGUGCCGUGCUCCGCCAAGUUCCAGAAGGGAGGCGUUUGGCUUCGUUUCCUGAAUUAUAGCUAUGAAUUUGUUGGGUUGAUCACAAGACGGCGGAACUUGUUGAUCCAAUCCGGCACCCUGCGAGCGGGACGUGAUCCAUUGUUUGAGACCCCUGCGGCUGGGGGCGUUGGCGAACGGCGACGCUCGAAGCAGGCAUUGCCACUCAAGUAAUUGGAAGCAGUAUCUAACAACCACUAGGGAUGGAACAAACAACUGUUCCAGGAAGACCCACCUCAUCCUUUCCGACUGCUCCGCAAUUUUCGUCACCUUUCAGAUCCUCAGGUCCUAUUGUUGGCUUGGAUGGAUCUGUUCCUUCUCGAGCUCCUACCCCUAUUGCCUCUUCAGGCCCUGUAGCUGACUUUGGGUCAUCAGUUACUCCACAAACUACAUCACCAUUUUUCUCCUCUGGUCCUCCUAUUGGCACGCAACCAUCUCACUUCAGAGUGCCACCACCAUCUAUUAGGUCAAACGGCCCUUCUGGCCCUCCAUCUUAUCCAGCACAGGAUGUCAGUUCUUAUCAGCAAAUGCAAGCCCCGAGAUAUUAUCCAGUUGCUCAACCUUCAGCUCCCUUGGGUUCUUCACCUUUUAUCCAUCAGCCACGUGGGCCACCGCCUACGGGAUCUUUUCAGCCUCUAUCUCAAACUCCUGCAGUUUCAAUGGGUCCCAUGCAAAGUUCAUCGCAAAUGGUACCAAGAAGUAAUGUGCCCCAACUGUCAGAGCCAUCAUUUACUACAACUAAAAUACCAUCUCAACCACCUUUGCAUGGAUAUUCGAAUGUACCUCCAAGACCUAGCAUGCCUUCAUUUCAACCAGAUACACAGUUUCAUGCUUCUAGGCCAGUUUCACAACCGCCAAUGCAGGGUGUUCCACCUGCCCAUGUUCCUGCCACACAUCCAUCUUAUUAUUCUCACCAAAGUAUUGUGCCUCCACCACCUCCUGUUGGAGGUUCAUUGGGUUAUAGUUCAAGGGAUCAGCUGCAGCAUCCUAUGACAGCACCUCCUAUUGGAGGUGUUCAAGGUCUAGUUGAAGAAUUUCAGUCAUUAUCUAUUGGGUCAGUUCCUGGGUCUCUCAAUCCUGGAGUUGAUACAAACUUGCUUCCAAGGCCACUAAGUGGAGAUGAAGUUUCAACUAAAAUUCCUGAGAUAUACCCUAUGAAUUGCCAUCCGAGAUUCUUCAGGCUGACCACUCAUGCAUUACCAAAUUCUCAGUCAUUGUUUUCUAGGUGGCAUUUGCCUCUUGGAGCAGUUGUUCAUCCACUAGCUGAAACUCCUGAUGGGGAAGAAGUACCAGUCAUCAAUUUUGGGCCAGUGGGCAUCAUUCGCUGCCGAAGGUGCCGUACAUAUGUAAAUCCCUAUGUAACAUUCACAGAUGUUGGAAGGAAGUGGAGGUGCAACCUCUGUUCUUUGCUCAAUGAUGUGCCCAUGGAAUAUUAUUGUGCCCUGGAUGCCAAUGGCAGAAGAUGUGAUAUUGACCAAAGACCAGAGCUAUGCAAAGGUAGUGUAGACUUUGUUGCUUCAACAGAGUACAUGGUUCGACCACCCAUGCCACCUCUAUACUUUUUCCUCAUUGAUGUGUCAGUAUCUGCUGUUCGUUCUGGUUUACUCGAGAUUGUUGCAAAGACCAUCAAGUCCUGCCUUGAUGAUUUACCUGGAUUUCCUAGGACACAAAUUGGCUUUAUAACAUUUGACAGCACAUUGCAUUUCCACAAUCUGAAGUCUUCUUUAACUCAGCCUCAAAUGUUGGUGGUAGCUGAUCUGGAUGAUAUAUUUUUGCCAUUGCCUGAUGAUCUUCUCGUUAACUUAUCUGAAUCUAGGCAUGUAGUUGAAGCAUUCCUUGAUAGCCUGCCGGUUAUGUUCCAGGGCUCUGCUAAUGUAGAAUCAGCCCUUGGGCCUGCUCUUAAAGCAUCAUUGAUGGUUAUGAGUCAACUUGGAGGGAAGUUGCUCAUAUUUCAGAGUACUUUGCCAUCUCUUGGUGUUGGCCGGUUAAGACUUCGUGGAGAUGAUCUUCGUGUUUAUGGGACUGACAAAGAACAUCCUUUAAGACUACCUGAAGAUUCAUUUUAUAAGCAGAUGGCUGCUGAGCUUACAAAGAACCAGAUUGCUGUGGACAUAUAUGCUUUCAGUGAGAAGUACACAGAUAUUGCUUCUUUAGGAUCUCUGGCCAAGUAUACUGGUGGCCAGGUAUAUCAUUAUCCAUCAUUUCAGGUCGCUCUUCACCGUGAGAAACUUAGCUAUGAGUUGGGUAGGAAUCUUAGAAGGGAGACUGCCUGGGAAUCUGUGAUGCGUAUAAGAUGUGGCAAAGGUGUCCGCUUUACAAGUUACCAUGGACACUUUAUGUUACGAUCAGCUGAUUUGUUAGCCCUUCCAGCUGUAGAUUGUGACAAAGCCUUUGCAAUGCAGUUGGCUCUGGAAGAAAACCUACUGACAACUCAGACUGUAUACUUUCAAGUUGCCCUUUUGUAUACUUCCUCAUCAGGUGAGAGACGAAUUAGAGUUCACACAGCAGCUGCACCAGUAGUGACUGAUCUUCAUGAGAUGUACAAUCAAGCGGACACUGGAGCGAUUGUCGCUUUGUUGGGUAGGAUUGCGAUUGAGAGCUCACUAUCACAGAAGCUGGAGGAUGCUAGACAAUCAAUUCAUUUGAAACUCGUGAAAAGCCUUAAAGAGUAUCGGAAUCUCUUUGCUGUUCAGCAUCGUCUGAGUGGGAGACUGAUAUAUCCAGAAUCUUUGAGAUUGUUGCCGUUGUAUGUAUUGGCUCUUUGUAAAUCUGUAGCUCUUCGUGGAGGGUAUGCCGAUGCUCCUCUGGAUGAUCGAUGUGCGGCUGGUUACAAUAUGAUGAUACUGCCUGUGGCCAGGAUGCUGAAACUUCUCUACCCUUCCUUGUUUAGGAUCAAUGAGAAUCUUUUGAAGGAUUCAAAAGAAUAUGAGGAAUCAUUGAUACAGUUACCACUGACUGCCCUAAACUUGGAUCCCAAAGGCAUUUACAUUUUAGAUGAUGGGUUCAACUUUAUCAUUUGGUUGGGCAGGAUGCUCCAGUCUGAUUUAGUGAACAAUAUCCUUGGAGUUGAUUUUGCCAGCAUCUCCGAUCUAUCCAAGGUUGUCGUUUCUGAACAUGAAAACCCCAUCUCAAAGAAGCUGAUGAGGAUAUUGAACCAAUUGAGAGAAAAGAACCGUUCCUCCUACCCGUCUUGUCGCCUCGUUCGACAGGGUGAGCAGCCAAGAGAGCUCUCCCUGUUCCUCACCAAUCUCAUUGAGGACCCAACUGCCGGAUCCAGCAGCUACGUCGACUGGAUCCUUCAAUUACACCGGCAAGCACAGAGCUAAUAAACAAAAAAAAAUGUCAGCAAUUUCUCCCCUUCCCUUCUGCGUCGAUCUCGGUGUGUGCUCGAUCUAGCUCGACGAAGUCAAUCUUUUUGGGAUAGCGAAGGCAUCUUUGAACUUGAAAUGAGACAAUGAUAGAUCUUAUCUCGUGUCACAACUUGGAGUCUUCUUUUCUAUGUCUUGUUUCUUGUUUGAAUAAUUUUGUUUCAUAUAUAUUGCGCAACCCGCGUGCUUAAACCUCUAUUUAUUCCUUUGUAGAUUAAACAUUUUCUUAUAAAUGUUAAAUCAUGCUGCACCCGAGAUUAUACCCUA